CAGUACCAGUUAGACUGCGGGACGUGGACCUACUUCUGUCAGGGCAGCGGCUGGGGAGACGAGGAGGCUACCGUCCUCUGCAGGGAGCUAGGAUAUUCUCACGGAGUCAGCGGUUAUAUUCCUACUGGAGCUGUCCCUUCAUUGGUAAAAAGAAUCGACUGCAGUGGACAUGAGAACCGACUGCAAGAUUGUGUCAUAGAGCCAGCCAUCAGC